GAGAGAGAGAGAGAGAGAGAGAGAGAGAGAGAGAGAGAGAGAGAGAGAGAGAGAGAGAGUUGCACUUGCAGGAUUCUGAAGAAAACGGGGUUUGUGCUCAAGAAGGACAUGGAGUACCCAAGAAGGACACUACUGCACACUCCAUUCUCCGGGCAUCCCUCUGGUUCGAGCCAGCCAGUUGAUGGAGCCUCCGCCACAGAUGGUGGCUUUCUUGGAAGCAACUUCGACGCAAACGUCGUCAUGAUCCUGGCUGUUCUUCUCUGGGCACUGAUCUGUGCGCUCGGGCUCAACUCGAUAGUCCGGUGUGCGCUGCGGUGCUCGAGCCGAUCAGUUGUUGAUCCCGUGCCGAACCCGGUGGCACGUUUGGCUCAGAGCGGGCUGAAGAGGAAGGCCAUCCGAGCCAUGCCGAUCCUGGUCUACUCUGCGGGGCUGAAGCUCAAUGCUGCCAACCCGAUGUGCGCGAUCUGCCUCUCUGACUUUGAGUCUGGAGAGCAUGUCAGGGUCCUCCCCAUGUGCAACCAUGGGUUCCAUGUCAGGUGCAUCGACCGAUGGCUCUUGGCGCGGUCGACGUGCCCGACAUGCCGGCAGUCCCUGUUUGGAGCUCCGGAGAAGGCCUCUGGCUGCUCUGAGUCGAGCCGGGUCGAGCCUGUGCCUGCCCGCUCCGUCCUCGUGCCACUCAGACCUGAAGGUUUGGUCACUCCAUAUGAUUUUUAGUCUCUUCAGUUGCUUCUUUGUUGUUACAUGAAGGACAAGAGGUUGAGGAAAAGUAGAAACAAAAAAUUGUGAUCAUUAGGAUACUGCCAAUCUGGCUUGUACAUUGUUGCUGAAAAAAAGUUGUACAGAUUUCCUCAGUUUUCUAUUUGCUGUGUUGGUGCCAAUUGUUGCUGGAGAAUGUGCCAUAGAAAAUGCCAGGUGCUCUGGGCCUUUUGUGAA